UCCGAUGCUUUGUUGUACAGAGGGUUCGGAUGGGGGAAGGGCCCGAGCCGUGCAUGAUACAGACAAAACUUGCUUAUGGCUCUCUCCGUCGAUGGGGAACUGUGACAGGACGCAAAGGGAAAAGGGAUCUUUCUCCUCACGACUGAAGCGUACGCACACUGUUGGGACCACAAUGAUAUAAUCACGAAAAAGGGGAAGACGGGAGGACAGCCGAAGUUGGACCGGCGGAGAUGAGCGGGGCCGUGAUUGCGGCGAUAUACCGAGGUGUUGUUCUGCUAUUGUUGCGCUGCUCGCGUGUUCCAGUUGGAAUUUGAGACGGUAUCCCUGUCUCUGUCUCGCCCAGGGCUGUGCAGAUUGUUCUGAAAGGAAAAGGACAACAAACAGGGGAAGUGAACAUGGCUGGGACCUCGGGCUUCUUUUCCAACGGACCCAUUCCGUGGAUUGAGAGUGACACCGAGAUGAACAAUCUUUACCGGGAUCUGGAAUUGGGGACCGUGUUGACUUUGUUUUACUCCAAAAAGUCCCAGCGACCUGAGAGAAGGACAUUUCAGGUCAAACUUGAGACGAGGACAAUUAUCUGGACCCGAGGCACGGAUAAAAUAGAGGGAGAAAUUGAUAUCCGAGAGAUAAAGGAGAUCCGAGCGGGCCAGAAGUCUCGGGACUUUGAGCGCUAUGUGGAGGACUCUACAGCACGACUAGACCAGGCUCACUGCUUCGUCAUCCUACACGGCACCGAGUUCCGCCUCAAAGCACUCAGCCUAGCAGCGACGUCUGAUGAGGAGAUGACCAUGUGGGUGAAGGGGCUGACCUGGCUGGUGGCAGACACACUCAAAUCCCCCACCCCUUUACAGAUAGAGAGGUGGUUACGGAAGCAGUUUUAUGCCGUAGAUCGCAACAGAGAAGACAAGAUAUCCUGUAAGGAUCUGAAGAGCAUGCUGUGCCAGGUUAACUACAGGGUCCCCAACAUGAAGUUCCUAAGAGAGAAACUUCCGGACUCGGAGUUGAGGAAUGGAGACGUGUCCUUUAGCCAGUUUUCCCAGCUCUAUCGCAGCCUGAUGUUUGACGCCCAGAAAGCUAUGGAGAUUCCUUUUCUACAGAGGUUCAUUGAGAGACCAGAGCAGAAGAUCUUACUAGAAGACUUCAAGACUUUCCUUCUGGAGGCCCAGAAGGAGCUGUGGGCCACCGACAACAAUAAGGUGCAGGAGUUUAUGUUUGGGUACCUGAAGGACCCACUGAGGGAGGUGGAACAACCCUUCUUCCACCAAGAUGAGUUCCUGACAUACCUAUUUUCCAAAGAGAACACCGUCUGGGACUCAGCCCUGGACCAGGUGUGUCCUGAAGACAUGAACAACCCCCUGUCUCAUUACUGGAUAUCCUCAUCUCAUAACACCUACUUGACAGGUGACCAGUUUUCUAGUGAGUCGUCCCUGGAAGCGUACGCACGCUGUCUGAGGAUGGGCUGCCGCUGCAUCGAGUUGGACUGCUGGGAUGGUCCAGAUGGAAUGCCUGUCAUCUACCAUGGACACACCCUCACCACCAAGAUUAAGUUCUGUGAUGUCCUGGCCACCAUCAAGGAACACGCCUUUGUGACGUCUGACUACCCCAUCAUCCUGUCCAUAGAGGAUCAUUGCAGCAUUGUGCAGCAGAGGAACAUGGCUACCUACUUUAAGAAGGUCUUUGGAGAAAUGCUGCUUACCAAGGCUGUGGACAUCUCCGCCGACGGAUUGCCCUCACCCAAUCAGCUUAAGAGGAAGAUCCUCAUCAAGCAUAAGAAGCUAGCAGAGGGCAGUGCCUAUGAGGAGGUGUCCACCUCAACUCCCUACUCUGAGAAUGACAUCAGCAACUCCAUCAAGAAUGGCAUUCUCUUCCUGGAGGACCCCAUCAACCAUGAGUGGUACCCUCACUUCUUUGUCCUGACCAGCAGUAAGAUCUACUACUCGGAGGAGACGUCUAGCAACCAAGGCAACGAGGAUGAGGAGGAGCACAGAGAGGUCUCUAACGGUAUGGACCAACAUAUAGCAGAGAAGUGGUUCCAUGGGAAGCUGGGUGCUGGUCGCGACGGGAGACAGAUAGCUGAGCGGCUGCUGUCGGAGUACUGUCUUGAAACGGGCGCUCCCGACGGGUCCUUCCUGGUCCGGGAGAGUGAGACGUUCGUAGGAGACUACACCUUGUCCUUCUGGCGUUCAGGCCGGGUGCAGCACUGUCGCAUCCACUCUCGCCAGGAGGCGGGCAGCCCCAAGUUCUACUUGACCGACAACCUGGUGUUUGACACGCUAUUCGCCCUCAUCACCCACUACCAGCAGGUAGCGCUGCGCUGUAACGAGUUUGAGAUGAAGCUGACUGAGCCUGUGCCCCAGACCAACGCCCACGAAAGCAAAGAGUGGUACCAUGCCAACCUGUCUCGGAGCCACGCCGAGAACAUGCUGAUGAGGGUUCCACGUGACGGGGCGUUCCUUGUCAGAAAAAGGGCAGAGCUAAGCUCCUUUGCCAUUUCUUUCAGGGCAGAGGGGAAGAUCAAGCACUGCAGGGUGCAACAGGAGGGCCAGACAGUGGUGUUGGGUACGUCGGAGUUCGACAGCCUGGUGGAUCUCAUCAGUUACUACGAGAAACACCCGUUGUACCGUAAGAUGAAGCUCCGCUACCCUAUCAAUGAGGAGACGCUGGAGAAGAUAGGCACCGCUGAGCCAGAUUACGGGUCUCUGUAUGAGGGGCGGAACCCUGGGUUCUACGUAGAAGCCAAUCAGAUGCCCACCUUCAAGUGCACAGUGAAGGCCAUGUAUGAGUACAAGGCCCAGAGGGAUGAUGAAUUGUCCUUCAGUAAGAAUGCCAUCAUCCAAAACGUGGACAAACAGGAAGGAGGAUGGUGGAAGGGGGACUGUGGUGGGAAGAAGCAGCUGUGGUUUCCUGCUAACUAUGUAGAGGAGAUCAGUCCUUCAGCUGUGGAGCCAGACAGAUCACAGCUGACAGAGAACAGUCCUCUGGGAGACCUGCUGAGAGGAAGUGUAGAUGUGUCUUCCUGUCAGAUUGUGGUGCGGCCUGAUGGUAAGGGAAGCAGGCUGCAUGUGUUUUCCCUCCUCCCAGCUGCCUCUCCGAGGGCAGGGCAGGUCUUGGACAUCGCUGCCAAUACCCAGGAGGAGCUCAAGGAGUGGGUCAUCAAGAUCAGAGAGGUCACCAUGACAUCAGAGGCCAAGCUGGAGGAGGGGAAGAUGAUGGAGAGAAGGAAGAAGAUCGCUCUGGAGCUGUCUGACCUGGUCAUCUACUGUAGACCUGUACCCUUCGACGAGGACAAGAUUGGGACAGAGCGGGCGUGUUUCCGGGACAUGUCUUCGUUCCCGGAGACCAAGGCAGAGAAAUAUGUGAACCGGAUCAAGGGGAAGAGGUUCCUGCAGUACAACCGGCUGCAGUUGUCCCGUAUAUACCCCCGUGGACAGAGGCUGGACUCCUCCAACUACGACCCUCUGCCCAUGUGGCUCUGUGGAUCCCAGCUGGUUGCGCUGAACUUCCAGACUGCAGACAAGCCCAUGCAGAUGAACCAGGCUCUGUUCAUGUUGAACGGGAGGAGUGGCUACGUCCUCCAGCCACCAAUCAUGAGAGACGACAACUUUGACCCCUUUGACCGACACACACUGAGGGGCCUUGAGUCAGUCACCCUGCAGAUAGAGGUGUUGGGUGCUCGUCACCUGCCUAAACACGGUCGUGGCAUCGUGUGCCCCCUGAUCGAGAUCGAGGUGUGUGGUGCAGAAUAUGACAGUGCCAAGCAGAAGACUGACUCAGAGGCGGAUAAUGGUCUGAACCCCACGUGGCCUCGGAAGCCUUUCCAGUUCACCGUGUGUAACUCUGCCUUUGCCUUCCUGCGCUUUGUGGUGUAUGAGAUUGACAUGUUCAGUGACCAGAACUUCCUGGCUCAGGCCAGCUUCCCCAUCAACAGCCUCAAGACAGGCUACCGGUCAGUCCCUCUGAAGAACAGCUGUAAUGAGGAUCUGGAGCUGGCCUCUCUGCUGGUGCACAUGGACAUCACCCGGAGCAGGGCUGAAAAUGGGGAGGUGCUGAGCCCGUUCCUGCCGGUAGGAGGUGUCUCUGCAGCGGUGGUUACCCAGACAGGGCGUGAGCGUCUGGGGGAGACAGGCUCAACGUCCUCAGCCUCCUCCAUGUCCCCUCUGCCCCAGUCCCCAGCAGCCCAGACACAGACACAGGCCUACAGAGGCAGGGAGGGCUCCUUCGAGGCCCGCUACCAGACACCUCUGGAUGACUUCAGAGUAUCACAGGAGGCUCUGCUGGACCUGGACCCUCAGAACAGGAGGUAUGUGUAAGGAGGAUGAUGCGCAGGACCAGAGUGGGCGGAGAAAACCGCGUUUAGGCCGGACCAAUCAGGGCGCAUUCCAACCACCCCAGCUCCUCCCUGUACCGAUGAUGUCACUGACUGCUGUGAACACUGUUUCUAUGGAAACGCCCACCACCGCUUUGGCCUACAUUUCAGGCAGCUCUCCCUUGCUGUUCUCUUUCUCUCCUCUGUGUCCCCCUCCUGGAGUGAGUGUGAGGUGGAGGGGGCGGGAAGGGAGAGAGAAGACGAGGAUGAUACGUGAAGUUUCAGCCCUCGGCUAAGAUGUCGGGAGAUGGGGAUUUUGGCGUGUUCGACUCGAGCGCAAAGGUUUGCGAGGGAAACAAGAAUGGAAGAGGGAGGGAUGAGAUGAGGGAGCUGUGAAGGUGUCAGUUUGAAACUGUUUUCCACGUUAGGUUAUUAUUUUUCUCUUCUCUCUGGCGUAUAUGAGUAUAUAUAUUUAUUCUUGCUGUGCUGUUGGCCAGACGACGGCAGCAGCCAACCUGCUCUUAAAGAGCUUCUGUCUCCAUGUUUUUUAAUUAUUUUUAUUUAAACUUUUAAACAUUCAUGUGAUUUCUUUUUUUAAUGUGUAAAACACGAGGGCUCUCUGGAGUAACUCAAGCCUUUAUAUACACACAUAGGCUUUUCUUAUUUUGCCAAACUUGCAUUCUGAAAACUACAGAUCAUUCUGUUGCCUGCCUUGUGAUGUAAAAACAGUCACACUCUUACCCCCUAUAUACUAUACAAUCUGGAAAGCUGAAGUGUAACAGAUUCCGUGAUAGAAAUAUAAAGGUAAUUGAGCUGACCUCUGCUAACACGAGAACAUUACCUUUAAAUUCCAAUCACGCUGUAAAACUGAACUUCGGCAGUGUGUCUUGAAUAGAGCCCCCCCCCCAAUAUAGAACUUUAUCAAAAGUGCUACCCUAUUUGGAGAUUAGCAUGGCAUUAUUUUCCUUUUUUAGGAUGCCAUACUGCAUUGUAGAGUGCUGGAACUGGGCUAGCCUGUCUGUCCCUGAAAGCAAUGCUGUGAGUUCAAAUGCUAGUGAUGAAGUCACAUCCUUAAUGUUUUAUUUCUGUUUCAAUGUGGAUAUAUGGUGGAAGGAGCAGAGACAAGGUGCCACUGGAGGCAGUGUGUUGUAUUCAGUUCUGCCCACACGUUUACAAGACGCUUGGUUUUAGCAGACAUUCCAGUGCCAGCGCAGAGCGACGUUUUUGUUUUUAAAUCAUGUUUUACUGUAGCAAGUGUCUACAGUUUCUGCUCUGGACUUCAUUACAUUUCCACUUGGAAUGAAAGGCAUUAGUUAUCUUUGUUUACCUAUGUGUUAAAGUUGUCUAAAUUGUAGACUGUCAUUCCUCUUAAAUGUACCGUCUUAACUGGUUUUGAGGGGCUUGCAUGUAGAUAAUCUUAGAGUAGAGCGCGCUAGGAAGUCGACUAACCUAAUUAAGUGCAGUAUUGCUGGCCGAGAAGGACCUAACUGAAAUCCUAUAGACAGUAUCGAUUGAAAGGCUAUUCUUAAAUGUUUGUAGGUCGGUGGUUCUUGUAUGCAUAUUAUUCAGCUGAGGGGAUGUUUGUCUUUUCCAUUGCGGCAUUCCAGAUGCUCCCAAAGAUUCUUUCAGUACUGCUGAUUGAUAGACAUGAAGGGGUUAAAUCACUGGUCUAUAGUGACAUGAUUCAGCCUGCAGGGGUCAUAACAGCACAUUUAUGUAUAUCGGUGUUGUUCCUGAAAGCUCCAUUGAUCAUUCCUGACUGACAAACGCCCCCAGUCGGUGGUUUAAUGGAAGUUGCUCUCAGCAACCAAUCUAAGGUCAUGCACUUACCCCCACAAUAGUUUAGGCUGGGAGUAGGGGACGCCGGAGUGAUUUCACUUGAUAUGCAAUGCCCCUCUUGAGCAGACCAUACACUCUAAAACCAGUAUUUAGAAUGUUAUGCCAUGGAGGGAAACUCCUUUUGAAGCCAUAUGGAACAUGGGGGUUGGAAUUGAAUACCUAAGGUCUGAAUCUUGCCACCUUUUGUUUUGCAGCCAUUGUCAAACUUUCUCGGUAAGGUUGGGGGAAUGUGUGUGUGUGUGUGUGUGCGCACACACUUUCUCUGCGUUGCUCCUAAUGCUGACCAGUGUGCUUUCUUCCAUGGGCCUCGAUGUACACGACUAUAUCUACAUUGUUCUUUCAGAAAUCCUGUUGUCAUCCUGUUUCUUUUGAUCUAGACACUGGUCUCAUUUACAAACCAAGCCUUUCUGUAUUGUGCCUAAGCUAUGGAGAAAAAGUAUUCAUUUUCAUUUUGCCUUUCAUAUGCAACAUAUUCAAGCCUGAGAAUUAAAGUACUUAAUCAACUAUGA